CUUAUCUGUAUUUACAUGUUAAAAAGUUUGAAGCUGAAUAAAGUGUAUAACUGAUGAGAAGUUGAGCCGCUAUAAUCAUGACUUCGUCUGUGCACACAUUACUGCAUCCUGUUAGAGUUCAGGAGCUAGUCCGUGGCUGGCUUCUAGAAGAUACCCCAAGUUUCGACUAUGGUGGAUUCGUAAUUGGUGACAAGAUAGAAACGGCUGUUCUUCUUUGUAAAUCCCCAGGAGUCCUGGCUGGUGUGCCAUUUUUUGAUGCGAUAUUUCAUGAACUAGGGUGUGAAAUAGAAUGGCUUCAUAAAGAAGGUACUUCACUGAGCCCUGUUUGUAAGGUCGCCAAAAUAUCUGGGAAAGUACGCCAUCUAUUAUUGGGAGAAAGAGUUGCACUAAACUGUAUAACAAGAUCUAGUGGUAUAGCAACAUUUGCAAGACAAUUAAAUGACCAAAAGAUGGCGUGCAAGUGGCAUGGAGAGAUUACGGGAACUAGAAAGACUACCCCAGGAUUUCGACUUGUUGAAAAAUAUGCACUUCUUAUUGGUGGAAUAUCUACUCAUAGAUAUGACUUGUCAUCGAUGAUAAUGCUCAAAGAUAACCAUAUAUGGACUGCCGGGAGUAUAACACAGGCUGUUAAAGAUGCCAAAUCAGUUGGAGGAUUCAGUACAAAGAUCGAGGUCGAAUGCAGAGGGUUUACUGAAGCCAAAGAAGCAGCCGAGGCUGGUGCUGAUAUUGUCAUGUUAGACAAUCACACUCCAGUGGCCUUAAAGGAGGUAGCGGAACAACUGAAAAAAGAAUUUCCAAAUUUGCUAAUAGAGGCCAGUGGUGGCAUCACGCUGGAUACCAUUGAGCAACAUUUUAGUCCUUACGUUGAUGUGAUAUCUCUCAGUAAAACCACACAGGGAUAUGAUACAGUAGACUUUUCCUUUAAGAUAAUUAAGGAAGGACAUAACCCAGAAAAUCCGCUUAUAUGAAUGCAGGCUGUGUGGUGUGAAAGGACAUGAUGUCCCCAUCGCCCAUUGUCAAAUAAUAUGAAGAGAUAUGAUACCAUGGACUUACUUUAAGAUUCAAGAGGAAGCACACAACCAAGGGAAUUUGCUUCAGAAUCCAAGCAUCAUUGAGUAGAUAUUUUCACCUAUCAAUUCUUUCUUUGGAGCAUGAUUGAAUAUUUUAUACAGUUCUGACCAAUAUUGGACAAAAUAUGCCAGUCAUUAUAAUUUUAUGUCACCAUUUAGUUUUAGUUAGUUAGAUACAGUAAAACCUGUUAAGUGAAAUACCUCACUAAG